CUCCUUCUUGGAGCCAACUCAUUGCUAUCCAGGUGCUUAACAAGCACCUUGGUGUCCUAUUGACUGCUGAGCAUGAACCAGAAGCCCUAAGAAAACUGAGUCUCAACUCUCUUUUGUGCCUUUCUGUUAUUUCCAAACCCAGCGUCCUGAAAUUGAGAGCCCAGCAUUGCUCCUUGCACAUAGUAGGCAUUCUGAUACGCACUGGGCUGAUGGAGACCCUCCUGACUCCCCCACUCUUAAGAAUUGGCCAGAAGCUUCUCAGGACAGCUUCAGCAGCCUGGACAUCCAGGCACACGUAGCCAGCAGCUCUAGACUCUCCUCCUGUCAUCAGCUUAAUGCAUUCAUAUCUACAAUAUGGCAAAUUUCAUAUCCUCCCUGUCUCUCUUUGCAUUAUUGAUGGACUCUACACUUAAAAAAAUCAAUAGAUAAGGGCGUGGAGCUAGAGUUAAAAGAAGCCCUUAAAAGUCCACUCUCCUUGUUUUUGCUGCUUUGAAUAAUUAGCUUUCCCUCUGGUUUGAAUAAGUCAAGCCCGUGAUUGGCCAGGACUAGGAAAAUGCGGUAAAGAUGCAAACACAAGCAAAUAUAACCCAGAGUCUGCAGCCAUUAGGCUGGGACGGCCAGACCUGGAGGCUGCUGCUUUGGGGUAGUUCUUCGGUCCUGCUGCUGUUCACUUACUAGAAUACUGGGAAGACAGAAGGUAAGGUCUUUGGUUUAUGGCUGUUCCUCAGGUGACAAUGCUACUAAAGGAAAAAAAGCAGGAAAUGGAAAUUUCUUUGGCAUUGUCUUCUGGGAUGAGGCUUUAAAAUGAUUCAACAAAGUGUUUGUGAGCAGUUUUGCAAAUUUCCUGUUGAGAAAUAUAGAGGCCACUGUUAACCCACUGAAGGGGUUGGGCACAUUUUCAAAUUGGGGAAGACAAGGUAAAAGUUAAAACUAGCUUCCUCUGGGAGCCGUCUCUGUGAGACGGGGGCAUGUGUGAGAGGGAGGGUUAUGAGCCCGAGGGACCUCUGCAGUCCUCUCAGGAUACUGAAUUAACAAACUAGUACUUGAAAGACUGACCUUUGAGGGAAUUUUGAUAUUGAGAUGGAAUUACGUUUUCUGGGUGUUCCAGUGUGGACCCCUCUUGGAACACAUACUGUUCAUUUGAGGUUCCUGGCGCUUUGAGCUCCUUCACAAUUUUGAAGUGUACUGGAAAGCAAAACACUGAUUUUGGGCUCUGAGACUCAGUCCUAAUUAAUACCAGUUGGUUUGGCUUUUACCAAAUUGACACUUCUCCUGUCUCCAAGGAAUGAACUAAUUGGCCCAGUCCCCUUUUCCUAGUUGGGCUAUGCUUUUGCCUUUAAUGUCUGAAAUCUAGGGUUUGGAGAAAAUCCAAACAUUUCCUGGCAGUUCUGAGCAGCACAGGGUGGGGCUACGUAAGUUAUUGAAUUAAAUCCUCAAACACUGGCUGCUCCAACGCAUUGCUCUCAUUUAGUCUUGUCCUAGCAGUACACAAAGGGAGUUUGCUCUUUCUGUUUUGUUUUAUUCUUUGCCAAAGUCCAUACUAGAUAAUGGCACAUAUUCUCCAAAUCUGGUUUCGUCCAUCAAGGCUCAAGGAAAAAAUGGUCAGAUAUACUUGUGUUUGUGUGGGCAAGUGGGUGGGGAUUGAACCCAGGACCUGGAGUACGCUGGGAAAAUGGCCUGAGCUGCGUUCCCAACCCUGCAUUAUUUUCCUCUAACAGGUGCUACAUGCCUCCCAAUAGUAAAAAUCCAUACAACGCUCCCUUGGUACAUUUUUACAGUCUUAUGUAAACCCAUCAAUCCCAUAAUUUUUCCUUGACCUCUUGGGAGAAACUAGUAUUUAUCUGUAUUGCAUAUUGUCAUACUGAAAACUCCCUGGAGCAGGAAUUAGUGAGGGAGACAAAUGACAUAAAACACACAGGAGAUCCAGACAUGUAUAGGUUCCUAAUAAACCACACCACACCUUAACUACAGAAAGCCCAGAAUCCACUGAGACUACUCUUCACUGCUUCCUCAUCUCCCAACUCUGCCUUGCUCAGCUCAAGGAAGUGGAGACCUCCACAUUUUCUGUGUUGGAGAGACAGGGACAGGCAAGCCUAGGCCACACCUAUCCCUUUGCAGAGGUCCUGAGUCCUUUGUCCCAGCCCAGCCGAGAAGCUCAGGGAAUAUGUGAGUCAUACAACAGAGGCAAAGUGGGUAGAGCUGUAGGAUAGUUCACUUAAAAGAAUAAAUAAAAUCCCAAGGAACAGUCAAAAGAGGUGACAUGAGAGGACCUUGAAAGCAGAGAUCUUGGUAGAAAGCUACUCAGUUUGGAAAUAGUUUUUCUUAGAUUUUAUCCCAACUUGCUGCAGAAUUUAGAUAAGCCUAUGAAGGGUCUCAAUAUGUCAAAGUGGCUGAAAGCCCAGGCUUUAAGAUCGGAUGCGGAGCUCAUUCUGUGUGCCCAUGAGCAGCUUCUUUAACCUCUCUAAGCCUCAACUUAUUACAGCAUGAGGUGAAGAAAAGUUCACCUGAAAACUAAGUAAGAUAAUGUGUGCAAUGUGAGCAGAGGGUUUAACGUUUUACCACGCCCUGCUCCCGGGUUUAACAUUUUUACCGCAAAGGCUGUGGUGGGUUUGAACCAGGAAUUGCAGGUGGGACCAAGUCAGCCAAGCUCACUGUGACCUUGAUCAAGUUGUUUCCCUGGUCAUGGUGACCAGGUGUAGAUGUGCAUACCACAAGGACAUGGCAGGAUGGCCAGUGAGAUUGGGAACUGACUUAGGAGGCAAACAGGAUUGAUGCCCAGCAUGAGAGGCAUCACCUCUUGCUCUGUGAUGUUUCAGUCCUGGGAAGACAAGCACCAUGUCUCUAAGCAGUGCCUUCAGAGCUGUGGGCAACGACCCUGGGAUCAUCACCUGGAGGAUCGAGGUGAGCCAGAACGCUACUCCUGACCACUGGCAUCUGUUAGCGGAAUCUGGCUGCCAGUGCCUGCUAGAUAACAGCCUUCCAGCCCUCCUGAGUCUGUGGUUUAAGAACAGUGAGAGGCAGCAUCAAAGUCGACAUUUCCCCUUGUCCUCUCCCUGGUACUCAAAGCAGAAAAUGGAGCUGGCACUGGUGCCUCUGAGUGCCCAUGGCAACUUCUACGAGGGCGACUGCUACAUUGUCCUCUCGACUCGGAAAGUGGGCAACCUCCUCUCCCAGAACAUCCACUUCUGGAUUGGGAAGGACUCCUCUCAGGAUGAGCAGAGCUGUGCAGCCAUCUACACCAUACAGCUAGAUGACUACCUGGGAGGCAGCCCUGUGCAGCACCGAGAGGUCCAGUACCAUGAGUCUGACACCUUCCGUGGCUACUUCAAGCAGGGCAUCAUCUAUAAAAAAGGGGGUGUGGCCUCUGGGAUGAAGCAUGUGGAGACCAACACCUACGAUGUGAAGCGGCUGUUACAUGUGAAAGGGAAGAGAAACAUCAGGGCCACUGAAGUGGAAGUGAGCUGGGACAGUUUUAACCGAGGGGAUGUCUUUUUGCUAGACCUUGGGAAAGUCAUCAUCCAGUGGAAUGGCCCAGAAAGCAACAGUGGGGAGCGCCUGAAGGCUAUGCUUCUGGCAAAGGAUAUUCGAGACAGAGAGCGAGGGGGCCGUGCUGAAAUAGGAGUGAUUGAGGGGGACAAGGAGGCAGCCAGCCCGGAGCUGAUGACGGUCCUUCAGGACACCCUUGGCCGACGCUCUAUUAUCAAGCCUGCAGUACCUGAUGAAAUCAUAGAUCAGCAGCAGAAGUCAAAUAUCACGUUGUAUCAUGUCUCGGACUCAGACGGGCAGCUGGCAGUCACAGAGGUAUCCACGAGGCCUCUGGUCCAGGACUUACUGAACCAUGAUGACUGCUACAUCCUGGACCAAGGUGGAGCCAAGAUAUAUGUGUGGAAAGGAAAAGGAGCCACAAAGGUUGAGAAACAGGCGGCCAUGUCAAAAGCCCUGAGCUUCAUCAAGAUGAAGGGCUAUCCCAGCAGCACCAACGUGGAGACUGUCAAUGACGGAGCUGAGUCAGCCAUGUUCAAGCAGCUGUUCCAGAAGUGGUCAGUGAAGGACCAGACCACGGGCCUGGGGAAAACAUUCAACAUUGGUAAAAUUGCUAAGAUUUUCCAGGACAAGUUUGAUGUGACCGUGCUACACACCAAGCCAGAGGUAGCUGCCCAGGAGAGAAUGGUAGACGAUGGCAGCGGGAAAGUUGAGGUCUGGCGAAUUGAGAACCUUGAGCUGAUGCCCGUGGAGCACCAGUGGUAUGGAUUCUUCUAUGGAGGAGACUGCUAUUUGGUGCACUAUACAUAUGAGGUGAAUGGGAGGCCGCAUUACAUCUUAUACAUCUGGCAGGGCCGGCAUGCCUCACAGGACGAGCUAGCAGCCUCAGCAUACCAGGCAGUAGAGCUGGAUCGGCAGUUUGAUGGAGCCCUGGUGCAGGUUCGGGUCAGCAUGGGGAAGGAGCCACGCCACUUCAUGGCCAUCUUCCAAGGAAAGCUUGUUAUUUAUGAGGGUGGGACAUCUAGAAAAGGAAAUUCUGAGCCUGACCCUCCAGUAAGACUCUUCCAGAUUCAAGGAAAUGACAAAUUUAACACCAAAGCAGUGGAAGUUUCAGCCUUUGCCUCCUCCUUAAAUUCCAAUGAUGUCUUCCUGCUUCAAACCCAGGCAGAGUACUACCUGUGGUAUGGCAAGGGGUCCAGUGGGGAUGAGCGGUCCAUGGCCAAGGAGCUGGCCACACAGCUCUGUGGAGGCACCGAGGAAACUGUGGCCGAAGGUCAGGAGUCGGCUGAGUUCUGGGACCUGCUGGGAGGAAAAGCUCCCUAUGCCAAUGAUAAAAGACUACAGCAGGAAAUCCUAGAUGUCCAGUCCCGUCUCUUUGAAUGCUCCAAUAAGACCGGCUGCUUCAUUGUCACUGAGAUCACAGACUUUACUCAGGAUGACCUGAACCCAAGUGAUGUGAUGCUCCUGGAUACCUGGGACCAGGUGUUCUUGUGGACUGGAGCUGAGGCCAAUGCCACAGAGAAGGAGAGGGCCCUUGCUACUGCACAGGAAUACCUGCAAACUCACCCCAGUGGCCGAGACCCUGCUACGCCCAUCCUGAUCAUCAAACAGGGGUUUGAGCCUCCCACCUUCACUGGCUGGUUCCUGGCCUGGGACCCUCACAUUUGGAGUGCAGGAAAAUCAUACGAACAGUUAAAGGAAGAGCUGGGAGACGCUGCUGCUAUCAUACAAAUCACUGCCGACAUGAAGAAUGCUACCCUGUCCCUAAAUUCUGAUGACAGUGAGCCAAAAUAUUACUCUAUGGAAGUUCUGUUAAAAAGUCAGAAUCAGGGGCUACCUGAGGAUGUCAACCCUGCCAAAAAGGAGAAUUACCUCUCUGAAAGUGACUUUGUGUCUGUGUUUGGCAUCACAAGAGGACAAUUUGCUGCUUUGCCUGGCUGGAAACAGCUCCAACUGAAGAAACAAAGGGGGCUUUUCUAAGGCAAGAAGGCUUAUGCUUAUUGCAAGACCACAAGAGUGCAGAGAGUGUCAAUAUUGGGAAAGAAUUUAUCAACUUUUGUCUGGCAUUCAGCUACUUAUCUAGAUGCAAGAGUCUGCAAAAUCACAGCAUGUUCUCCAUUUUGUCUUAUUCUUGUACUCCUUGGUUGUUAUAUACCUAUAAUAACCCAUUUUGGGGCUUUUGUGGCCUUUUAGCUAAAGACUUAAAAACUGCAUGAAUCUAGAGAAAUAAAAGACAGAAUCAAAAAAACUAACCUUAAAAUAUUUAAUAGUAUGUAGGACUUACAUUUACUUUAAGAUCAAUAUUUUUAAAACCUAUUUAACCUACAAAGCACUGAAGUUAUUUGCAUAUACAUUUAUCCUAACAUCCAAAUCCAAUGCCCAGAUCUAUUAUGUACCAAACUAUUUUUAACUUUUCAAAUAAAGAUACUUGUUAGAGCAAA